GGGAAAAAUCCGGGUAGACUCUUUACGGAAAAAUCUUAUCCAUCUGCCUCGUUGGGCUGAAGCUCUUCUCCUUCCACUCUGCAACCCUCAGGUUUGGUUUCCUCUUCUUUCGUUGCCUUCAAUGCCGGACGAAGCCAAAGAAACAAUGCUUUUCAGCCUCAGUUGCUGAUUAACCUUACAGAUAUGGCCUUCGCAACUGUCAAACUAUCGGAACUUCCAUUGAAGAACUCAUUUCCACUGUCCUCCCACUCCCGUACUCUUCUCUCAAACCCCAAUUUGUCUUUGCAGAUUCUGAACACAUUCUCUUCUCUCAGAACCCCCACUGAGCAUAGCGGCAAAAGAACCCCUAAAACCUCCCACAAUUCUGGACCCCCAUCUUCUUCUUCUUCUUCUUCUUCUUGGAUCUCCAAAUGGCCUUCUGGUAGCUCCCGGAAUGAUCGUAAAGUCGAGAAGAAGGUGCUCCAACCGACCCGAGAUGAUCGGACCGAUCGAGCGGAGAAUCAGACGCAGUACUUCGAUAAGGACAAAGGGCAGAGUGCGAUUGAACGAAUUGUGCUUCGCUUACGGAAUUUAGGGAUAGGAUCAGAUGAUGAGGACGACGAUGAAGAGGAUAACGGUUUGGAUUCUCUCGAGGCAAUGCCAGUGACUGGGGAGGAAAAACUUGGGGAUUUACUUCAACGUGAAUGGAUUCGACCCGAUGGCGCUCUGGACUCGAAUGAGGAUGGGGAUGAUGAAAUGGUUCUACCAUGGGAGAGAGAGGAGGAAAGGGAUGAAGAGGAGGAGGGUGGAAGAGGGUUGAAGAGGAGAAAGAUGAAGGCUCCAACAUUAGCUGAAUUGACUAUUGAAGAUGAGGAACUGAGGCGAUUGAGGAGAAUGGGGAUGUUUCUUAGAGAGCGGAUUAAUGUACCGAAAGCUGGGAUUACACAGGCAGUGCUAGAGAAGAUUCAUGGCAAAUGGAGGAAGGAGGAAUUGGUAAGGCUUAAGUUUCACGAGGAGCUUGCGCACGAUAUGAAGACAGCGCAUGAAAUUGUUGAGCGACGAACUGGGGGAUUGGUUCUAUGGAGGUCUGGAAGUGUUAUGGUAGUUUACCGCGGUAGUAACUAUGAAGGGCCUUCUAAAACUAAACCCCUUACAAGUGAGGGGGAUGGGGUAUUCAUCCCAGAUGUUUCUUCUGCUGCCACUUCGACAAUGAGUGACAAUGUUGCAGCUUCAGCUCCAGAGAAGACCAAGAUGCCUAUUGGGCCUCCAAAGUCUAAUGAGGGCUUGUCAGAGGAAGAGGCUGAAUACAACCAACUACUAGAUGGCUUAGGUCCUCGUUUUGUUGAAUGGUGGGGCACAGGAGUGCUUCCUAUUGAUGCUGAUCAACUUCCUCCAAGUAUUCCCGGUUACAAAACUCCUUUCAGGCUUCUUCCAACUGGAAUGCGGUCUCGACUUACCAAUGCAGAGAUGACUCAGAUGAGAAAACUUGCAAAAUCCUUACCUUGUCAUUUUGCUCUUGGGAGAAACAGGAACCAUCAGGGUUUGGCUGUUGCUAUACUUAAACUUUGGGAAAAAAGCCUAGUGGUUAAAAUUGCUGUUAAAAGAGGCAUACAGAAUACCAAUAAUAAACUCAUGGCUGAGGAGAUAAGGAACUUAACAGGAGGUGUGUUACUAUUGAGAAAUAAAUAUUUUAUCGUCAUAUAUCGUGGAAAGGAUUUUCUCCCACCAAGUGUAGCUGUAGCUUUGGUGGAAAGGCAGGAAUUAACGAAACAGAUUCAAGAUGUGGAAGAGAAAGCUCGAAGUAGAGUGGUCCAGGCAACUUCAUCAAGCAUUGAUGGACAGGCACCUGCAGGUACCUUGGCUGAAUUUUAUGAGGCUCAGUCCAGGUGGGGAAGAGAAAUAACUGCUGAAGAGCGUGAAAAAAUGGUUGAAGAAAGCUCCAGAGCAAAAACUGCAAGACUUGUCAGACGAAUUGAACAUAAACUAGGUGUUGCCCAAGCGAAGAAACUUAGAGCAGAAAGAUUGCUAUCUAAAAUUGAAGCAUCCAUGGUUCUUUCUGGCCCGGACGAUGACCAAGAAACAAUAACAGACGAGGAACGGGUCAUGUUUCGGAGAGUUGGGUUAGGAAUGACGGCAUAUUUACCUAUAGGCAUUCGUGGUGUCUUUGAUGGUGUUGUUGAAAACAUGCAUUUACACUGGAAGCAUAGAGAGCUUGUGAAGUUAGUUAGCAAGCAAACAACACUUGCUUUUGUGGAAGAAACUGCAAGACUGUUAGAGUAUGAGAGUGGUGGAAUACUAGUUUCUAUAGAUAGAGUUCCAAAAGGAUAUGCCCUUAUUUACUAUCGUGGAAAAAAUUAUCGUCGCCCCAUUGCCUUGAGGCCAAGAAACUUACUUACAAAGGCAAAAGCAUUAAAACGUUCAGUUGCCAUGCAGCGUCACGAGGCUCUCAGUCAGCAUAUAUCUGAACUCGAGAAAAACAUAGCGCAAAUGAAGAAAGAAAUUGGUGUCACUGAAGAUUCAGAUGAUGAGAAUAAAUGGUCGUCUCAAGAUGGAUCUGUCUCAGGAUCUUUCCAAGACGAGGAAGCAUCUUUGUCUGCGUUUUCAGAUGGUGAUAAUGAUGAAGAUGGCAUUGAUGAAGACAGUGAGUACCAAGAGGAUUCUGAUUAUGAUUUUUCCGACUCAGAAAGCACGGAUGAUCUACUGAACUAGGUUGGGAGAACAUUUCCAUGUUGUGAACAGAUGGAGUGUUCGUACGCAAUUGCAUAUUUCAGUUGAACCUUCUCAUUUCGGUUCCCAUACCCCAGGUUGAACGAUGUGGAAAAUGUAACAAUCCCGGAUCAGAUGUCUGCCUAAGUCGGCCCAAACAUAUUCAUUGCCAUUUUCCAUUGAAACCUGGUUGCAAAACUGUUCCUACUGGGUAAUUUACGAGAAGCAUUCAGUCAUUUGCUUCAAGUUCAAGCCAAAAUGGGUAUGAGCUAUUUUCCCCUGUGAAUCACCUGUGUUCUCGUUAGAAAAGGAAAAAUGGAGUAACGGGUUCCUCUAGGUUCUGUGGAGACAUUAUUCUUUUUCUUGUAACAAAUCCGUCUUCAUUUUUUCCUUCUUCCCCUCGCCCCUGUAAAUUCAAUUCGGAUAACUUCUCUCCUGUAGGUUUACAUUUUAGUCCACAAAGUGCAAGAAUAAUGUAUCAAUUCAGCCAAUGAUCAAUUUUUUUUCCUUUUUUGAGCAAAUAUUUGGUUCUAUGCCACUUCGAAUC